AUGGCCUUCCAAGGCAAGAAGAGCGCCCCCCGCAUCACGAGUGACUGUCUUCUGAUCAAAGGCGGGAAGAUUGUGAACGAUGACCAGUCAUUUUAUGCUGAUUUGUAUGUGGAAGAUGGUUUGAUAAAACAAAUCGGGGAAAAUCUCAUCGUCCCUGGGAACAUCAAAACGAUCGAUGCCCAUGGUCUGCUGGUCGUACCAGGUGGGAUCGAUGUCCACACACGGUUGCAGAUGCCCACGAUGGGCAUGACCCCAGCUGACGGCUUCUUUCAGGGCACCAAGGCUGCAUUAGCAGGAGGGACCACCAUGAUAUUGGACCACGUGUUCCCGGAUGUAGGCAUGAGCCUGCUGGCAGCCUACGACCAGUGGCGGGAGCAGGCAGGCAGCUUGGCCUGCUGUGACUACUCCCUGCACAUGGACAUUGCCCGUUGGCACGAGAGCGUCAAGGAGGAGCUGGAAGCCCUGGUCAAGGACAAGGGUGUGAAUUCCUUCCUGGUCUUCAUGAUGUACAAGGACAGGUGUCAGUGUACUGAUGGCCAGAUGUACGAGAUUUUCAGCAUCAUUCGAGACCUAGGAGCCCUGGCCUUGGUGCACGCGGAGAACGGGGACAUUGUGGAGGAGGAGCAGCGGCGGAUGUUGGAACUUGGCAUCACUGGGCCAGAGGGCCACGUACUCAGCCACCCCGAGGAGGUGGAGGCUGAGGCUGCAUACCGGGCAGUCACCAUAGCCAAGCAGGCCAACUGCCCGCUGUACAUAACCAAAGUGAUGAGCAAGGGAGCAGCCGACGUGGUGGCUCAGGCCAAGAGACGAGGGGCAGUCGUCUUCGGGGAGCCAAUCACUGCUGGCCUGGGCACCGAUGGGUCCCACUAUUGGAGCAAGAACUGGGCAAAAGCUGCGGCCUUCGUCACUUCUCCCCCCAUCAGCCCAGACCCCACCACAGCGGACCACCUCACUGCCCUGCUGUCAAGUGGGGACCUCCAGGUGACAGGAAGCGCCCACUGCACCUUCAGCACGGCCCAGAAGGCCGUUGGCAAGGACAACUUCACGCUAAUUCCUGAGGGCACCAACGGUGUGGAGGAGCGCAUGGCCGUGGUCUGGGAUCGCUGCGUGGCCUCGGGGAAGAUGGACGAGAACCAGUUUGUCGCAGUGACCAGUACAAAUGCAGCCAAAAUCUUCAAUCUUUACCCCCGGAAGGGCCGAGUGGCUGUGGGUUCUGACGCCGACCUGGUCAUCUGGAACCCCAAGGCCACCAAGAUCAUCUCUGCCAAGAGCCACAAUCUGAACGUGGAGUACAACAUUUUUGAGGGUGUUGAGUGCCGAGGGGCGCCCACAGUGGUCAUCAGUCAAGGCCGGGUUGUGCUGGAGGAUGGGAACCUGUUUGUUACCCCUGGGGCUGGCCGCUUUGUUCCCCGCAAGACAUUCCCAGACUUUGUCUAUAAGAGGAUCAAGGCCCGGAACCGGCUGGCGGAGAUCCACGGUGUGCCGCGGGGUCUCUACGACGGGCCAGUCCACGAGGCCGUAGUGCCUGCCAAGGCCUCCAGCGGCACCCCAGCCCGUGCCGCCUGCCCCGGCAAGAUCUCGGUGCCGCCUGUACGCAACCUACACCAGUCGGGGUUCAGCCUCUCGGGGUCUCAGGCCGAUGACCACAUCGCCAGACGCACAGCUCAGAAGAUCAUGGCGCCCCCUGGCGGCCGCUCCAACAUCACCUCCCUCUCCUAG